AUGGCGACAAUAGAAGCAAUGUUAGUCAUAUGGUUUCGAAAUUAUACGGCAUUUGGUUUUCGGGAUAAUUUAUAUCUAACUUCUUCGGAUGAUAGGUUUCGGAAUGCAACUGAGUUAGGCGGGUUCCCCAAAAAUCCCGUCAACCAUAAUCCUGAAGGUCGAAACCCGACAUCCAAAAAUUUUGACAAGAGCAUAAUCCCGAUGGGUUAUGGAAUUACUAGGGUAUGGAUUAAGGGUAGUCAUGUCGGUAAUAUGAACUUUCAGGUAUUCGUUAGUGUCGGGAUUAUAGAUUAUCGGGAUUAUGCUGUCAGUGAGUUUAGACCGUCAGGGUUAUGGUUUUCGCGAUUUCGUGAUAAACCCGAGUUAGGUUAG